CCUCCCUUCCCCGGCGGAACGCGAGCCGCUCGGACUCUGCCCGGAGCCGAACUGGGGCGGCCGCUUCUCCGUCGGCUGCAGCAGUAGGGGUCAUGGCGGCCCCCGGGCCCGCGCCCAAGGCAGGCGCCAGGCCCAGAUUAGACCUGCGGUUCCUCCAGCGAUUUCUGAAGAUUCAGGAGGUUCUGUUUCCCUCGUGGUCAUCACAGAACGUCUUGAUGUUCCUCACCCUCCUGAUGGUGGCUCUCCUGGAACAACUGGUGAUCUACCGGGUGGGCCUGAUUCCCAGUCAGUACUAUGGGGUCCUGGGAAACAAAGACCUGGAUGGGUUCAAGGCCCUGACGUUCCUAGCCGUGGUGCUCAUCGUGGUCAACUCCACGCUGAAGAGCCUUGACCAGUUCACCUGCAACCUGCUGUAUGUGAGCUGGAGGAGGGACCUCACCGAGCAUCUGCACCGCCUCUACUUCCAGGGCCGCGUGUACUACACCCUGAACGUGCUGCGGGAUGACAUCGAUAACCCGGACCAGCGCAUCAGCCAGGACGUGGAGCGAUUCUGCCGGCAGCUCAGCAGCAUGGCCAGCCAGCUCAUCAUCUCCCCCUUCACACUCAUCUACUACACCUACCAGUGCUUCCGGAGCACAGGCUGGCUUGGGCCCGUGAGCAUCUUCGGGUAUUUCAUCCUGGGAACCAUGGUGAACAAAACACUGAUGGGGCCUAUUGUGACGAAGCUGGUGCAGCAAGAGAAGCUGGAGGGGGAUUUCCGGUUCAAACACAUGCAGAUUCGGGUGAAUGCUGAGGCUGCUGCUUUCUACCGAGCUGGACAGGUGGAGCACAUGAGGACCGACCGCCGGCUACAGAGGCUGCUGCAGACCCAGAGGGAGCUGAUGGCCAAGGAGCUAUGGCUAUACAUUGGUGUUAACACCUUCGACUACCUGGGCAGCAUCCUGAGUUACGUGGUCAUCGCAAUCCCCAUCUUCAGUGGAGUCUUUGGAGACUUGACCCCAACAGAGCUCAGUGCUCUGGUUAGCAAGAACGCCUUUGUGUGCAUCUACCUCAUCAGCUGUUUCACCCGGCUCAUCGACCUGUCCACCACACUCUCUGACGUGGCUGGGUACACACACAGGAUUGGGGAGCUUCAGGAGACCCUGCUGGACAUGUCCUCCAAGUCGCAGGACUGUGAGACUUUGGGCAACAGUGAAUGGGACUUAGACAAGAUCCCAGGGUGGCCAGCAGCAGAGCCCGCCGACGCAGCCUUCCUUCUGGAGCGGGCCUGCAUCUCAGCCCCCUCCUCUGACAAGCCACUCAUCAAGGACCUGACCUUGAAGAUCUGCGAGGGCCAGAGCCUGCUCAUCACAGGCAACACGGGCACGGGCAAGACCUCCCUGCUGCGGGUGCUGGGUGGCCUGUGGGCCAGCACACGGGGCUCAGUACAGAUGCUCACAGACUUCGGGCCCCAUGGGGUGCUAUUCCUGCCACAGAAACCCUUCUUCACUGACGGAACCCUCCGCGAGCAGGUGAUUUACCCCCUAAAGGAGAUCUACCCAGACUCAGGUUCUACUGAUGAUGAGAGGAUCAUGAGGUUCUUGGACUUGGCAGGUCUGUCCAGCUUGGUGACCAGGACAGAGGGUCUGGACCAGCAGGUGGAUUGGAACUGGUACGACGUCCUGUCCCCAGGGGAGAUGCAGAGGCUGUCCUUCACCCGGCUUUUCUACCUGCAGCCCAAGUAUGCAGUGCUUGAUGAAGCCACCAGCGCACUGACCGAGGAGGUGGAGGCUGAGCUGUACCGCAUCGGCCAGCAGCUGGGCAUGACCUUCAUCAGCGUGGGGCAUCGGCGCAGCCUAGAGAAGUUUCACUCUUUGGUUCUGAAACUCUGCGGAGGAGGAAGAUGGGAGCUGAGCAGACUUAAGGGGGAGUGAGGUUGAACAUGUGAACGGCCACCAGAACCACCAGGCCCCUGGG